AGUCUGCCUACCAAAUCCAAUGGCUCAGUUCACAGAAGAUUUGAAGCCUUCUUUUCCUUUCUUAGACCUUGACCGAAGCCAUAUUGAACUUCUAAACCAAUAUGCAGACCAAUUCACUCACCUUGGUGUUUUAGACUACUCAAGCUUGAAUCAUUUUCAGGGCUACAUGCCCUUUUCAAGUGACAAGUUUUUUGGCAACAACCAAGGACCUGAAUUUCCUGGAAGCUUGGUCGAAAACAUUCCGGCUGGUUUUGUUCAACAGAAUAGUAGCAGCACCAGCAACAACAACAACAACAACAACAACAGCAACUUAAAGAAUGAUGAAGCCCCAGCUGCUCAGUGCAUCAUCCCGGCUCAAGAACCUGAAUUCCAAGAAAGCAAGAAGAGAAUAGCAAUGGAGAUGUCAGAAAGCAGCUCUGCAGUUUCCAAUCCCCCAGUUCCGAAAACUGGGAUCAACAGAAAAAAUAGCCUGGGAAGGGGGAAGAGGGUGAAAAUCAGUAGUGAGGAGGAAGAUGAUAUACCAAAGGAAGUGGUUCAUGUUAGAGCCAGGAGGGGCCAAGCUACUGAUAGUCAUAGUUUAGCAGAAAGGGUUAGAAGAGGAAAAAUCAAUGAAAGAAUGAAGUGCUUGCAAGACAUUGUCCCGGGUUGCUCUAAGACUAUGGGAAUGGCGGUAAUGCUAGACGAGAUAAUUAACUAUGUGCAGUCCUUGCAUAACCAGGUUGAGUUCUUGUCAAUGAAGUUAACAGCAGCAAGCUCUUUCCAUGACUUCAACUCAGAGACAGAAAAUGAUAUGGAAACAAUGCAGAGGGCAAAAGAGUUGGAAAGAGUGAAGAUAGAAGCAGGAUAUGGAGGAGUAGUUGAUAGUAGCUUCCAGUAUACCUCAACUAAUUAUUGGUCUCUCUGAGUCUCAAAGAGUCUGACUACAAGUUUGGAUGCUACUGCAACUUUGCCAUACAACAAACACAUGAAGAUGCUAUUGCUCUAGCUCCAUCUCCUCCCGAUAUUCUCCAUAUAGUUUAUUUUAGGGCAUUUUAUUUUUAUAUAAAAUUUGUCCCCAUGCACUUCAUGCUAUGUCUGGCACAAGUGCAAAGUCUCAUACUUUAAUUGUA